UGUGAACUAACGUCUCUGUUUGUCAUGUGACCUGGUGAGGCAUCUAAUGAUGGAGAGUGCAAGUUCUGGCGGCCUGCAAUUACUUGAAAAGCUUCCCGCUGCUCAGUGCCCGCAGUUUCUCCAUAAAGUAAUAGAUGGAGUGUGUGGUCGCGCACAGCCUCGUUUUAAGGAUUAUGGCAAUAUUUGGAACUUGAGGGAGUGGCUUGAUGUUCUAGAAGAGUCUACAACUUUUUUUAAAUCUACCGCUAGCAAAGAUGAAUCUGCGGAAGAGGUUUCUAAUCAAUUAAUUGGACUUAGUCCAGAUCAUCAAGAGGUGAUACUGAAGUGUUUAAAAAGUAGGAAACCGGAAGUGGCCGCUGCUGUCACGGAAGAGGCGUGUGCGAUGUCGCACGCAUACUUACAGGAUUUUGACUGGCAGCUCAAGCUCGCCUUGUCAAGUGAUAAGAUCUCAACACUGCAGAUGCCCCUUGUAAAUUUAGAUCUUGAUAUUCGAGAAAAUGGCAGUAUUACACCUGUUUCUAUCGAAAUGAGCAAAGAAGAACUUCAGAAUUUUAUAAAUUCGCUAGAGGCUGCAAACAAGGUUGUCGUGCAGCUGAAAUGACUGUGGAGUGAAUCCUUUUUUUUUUUUUUUUUUUUUUGAUGACUUAUAGCCAGCAGCAGAAAGAAUUUCAUAGCCAGACUUAAAAAUAAAAGGAUAUGAUACUGCUGGAUAGAGAGCGACAUCAGAGAAACAUUUUACCAUUAUAAAUCCACUUUGUAAAAAGUGUACAUUUUUGUGCUUUGACAGUUUUCAAUUUGUUUCUCUUCUGUUAAAACAAACAAAAAAAUGCAUUAUCUUUAUCACACAGUUAUCCAUUCAUUUGACAACACUGUAUUUUUGGUAACAGAUCAUCAUAAAGAGCAGCUUAUAAGCAAAUGUUAUCAGCUGAGAACACACAAAUAUUCUAUCACAGACAAAUGUGUUGAAAAUCCUUUCACUCUAAUUUUAAUGUACCAUGAUGCACCUCUGUAUAGCCUGAUAUUGCCACCCUGUUGCUUAUGUGCAACAUAGAUUUAUGACACAACACAAAUGAGUUUAUCUGCUUACAAAAUUGAGUAAUUUGAAAGUGGUCUAGUCUUUGAAUUACAUUUUCAUCACUUUCAUAUUUUUUUUUAAAGUAUGAGAUUAAAAAACUAUUUUGUUUUUGUUUGUAAAAUUCUGGUAUUAGGCACUUUUGUAUUUCAUUACAUAUCUUGUCAUUAGAUUACGUUGUUUGUAAUUUUUGAUAACAGCAAAACUAUAUUUUUACUUAUUAUUUUGACCAGUCAACAUGCUGCAAAUUAACUUGGCAGUAAAGAAAUAUUAAAAACCUAAA